ACCACCCCUUCUAGAUGGCCGACCGCAAAGUCAGCCGAUCCUCCCCGCCUUACACGUGGUUACCUCUCUGCCCAGACCUUCUCCCCGCCCCCCUACUAAAGGCCUAGUCUGCCAUGCUGCACCGGGAGCUCAGGCGGCUCUUCCGCAUUUCUUUCAGCUACUCUAGGCCGGGAUGCGGGGAAGCUAUUAAAGAUGGGAAGCGAUGGCCUGGGAGCGGGGAAUCCCCACCGAAGCAAUUCAUCGGGGUGGGGCAGAGGCGACCGGUAAUGGGUGCAGUCAGCCGGGCCUGCAGGACAACUUCCCGCAGAGGCCCGCUCGGAAGGCCCAGCGCACUCCUGCACGCCUCUCACCGAGAGAUGCCCUGUUCCGAAGCGGUCCCCGCCGGCGUCUCCCCCAGCAAGCGGGCCCGGCCUGCCGAGCAAGAGCCGGAGGGCCCUGUGCGCCUCCGCUUCGCCCGCCUCUCGGAGCACGCCACGGCCCCCUCCAAGGGGUCGGCACGGGCUGCGGGCUAUGACUUGUACAGUGCCUAUGACUAUACCAUACCAGCCAUGGAGAAAGCCCUGGUGAAAACAGACAUUCAGAUUUCUCUCCCUCCUGGGUGUUAUGGCAGAGUUGCUCCACGUUCUGGUUUGGCUGCAAAACAUUUCAUAGAUGUAGGAGCUGGUGUCAUAGAUGAAGAUUACAGAGGAAAUGUUGGUGUUGUACUAUUUAACUUUGGCAAAGAAACAUUUGAAGUGAAAAAAGGUGACCGGAUUGCACAGCUGAUUUGUGAACGGGUUUUUUAUCCAGAACUUGAAGAAGUCCAAGGCUUAGAUGACACUGAACGUGGAGCAGGAGGUUUUGGUUCUACUGGUCAGAACUAAAAUUAUAUAAUAAAAAUAGAUGUAGCAAUUUUCUUCCUAAAACAUUUCAUAAAAUAAAUUUCCACUUAUUGU